UGUGGAUGUGAAUGACUCCGUUCAGCGUCCGAUGUAGGGCUACAACCCAGUUUUGGCUCAUUAACUUGCAACACUAAAUAGUCGCGAAGUCGCGCAAGUGCGACAAAAGGACUGCCUGCCUGAUUGAUUGACUGAUUGAUUCGCUGUAAAGGGGGAAUUCAUGCGUCGAUAAGCUUACAGGGCCAAUAUGCCAGAAUGGGUCCUCUACGGUGUUUAUUUCUCUGUGGACUGCUGUACACCCAAACCGACGGGUCUCGUCUUCGCCAGGAGGACUUCCCUCCCCGCAUUGUGGAACACCCCUCUGACCUCAUCGUGUCCAAAGGGGAACCCGCCACUCUCAACUGUAAGGCAGAGGGCCGUCCGACGCCCACGGUGGAGUGGUAUAAAGAUGGGGAGCACGUCGAGACGGACCGCGACAACCCCCGCUCUCACCGGAUGUUGCUUCCCAGCGGCUCCCUCUUCUUCCUCCGCAUCGUCCACGGACGACGCAGCAAGCCCGACGACGGCAGCUAUGUGUGUGUGGCCCGCAACUAUCUGGGAGAGGCAGUAAGCCGGAACGCAUCUCUAGAAGUAGCAUUGCUACGUGAUGACUUCCGACAGAACCCACAGGAUGCGGUGGUGGCGGUCGGAGAGCCCGCCAGCCUUGAGUGUCAGCCUCCACGUGGGCAUCCCGAGCCCACCACCUACUGGAGGAAAGACAAGGCCCGUCUGGACCUCAAAGACGACAGGAUCAUGGUUCGGGGAGGGAAGCUGACCAUCUCAAACACCAGGAAGAGUGAUGCAGGGAUGUAUGUAUGUGUGGCGGCCAAUAUGGUGGGGGAGAGAGAAAGUGAGACUGCUCAGCUCUCUGUGUUUGAGAGACCGAUGUUUGUGCAACGGCCCGUGAACCAGGUGGUCCUGGUUGACGAGAGUGUAGAGUUCAGGUGUCAGGUCCAUGGUGACCCACCGCCCACACUGCGCUGGAAAAAGGAGGACGUGGAUGUGCCCCGCGGCAGGUAUGACAUCAGAUAUGAAAAAGAGGAUUUCCUGCUCAGGAUAAAGAAAGCGACAUCCAGUGACCAGGGAACCUUCACGUGCAUAGCAGAGAACCGUGUGGGCAAAGUGGAGGCCUCAGCCUACCUGACUGUCAGAGCUCGCCCUGUUGAGGCCCCCCAGUUUGUGGUGCGACCCCGUGACCAGAUUGUGGCUCAGGGACGAACAGCUACUUUUCCCUGUGAGACCAAGGGCAAACCUCAGCCGACUGUCUUCUGGCAACGAGAGGGCAGCCAGGAUCUUCUGUUCCCCAACCAGCCAACGCAGGGAGACGGCCGUGUGUCUGUGUCUGUGAAUGGAGAACUGACCAUCACGUCUGUGCAGCGCUCUGACGCAGGAUACUACACCUGCCAGGCCCUCACUGUAGCAGGAAGCAUCAUGGCCAAGGCCCAGCUUGAGGUAGCAGACGCGCUGAAGGAUCGCCCCCCACCCAUCAUUCGGCAAGGCCCAUCCAACCAGACGCAGGCAGUAGGAGGUGUCGCCCUACUCAGGUGUCAGGCAUCAGGGGACCCAGAGCCAACGGUUACCUGGCGAAAAAAUGGGGCCAGUCUGCUGGGGAAGGACCCUCGAUUGUCACUGCUGGAACAUGGCAGCCUUCAGAUCCAGAGUACCAGGCUGUCUGACUCGGGGUUGUUCACCUGUGUUGCUACCAGCUCCAGUGGGGAAACGUCAUGGAGCGCUUACUUGGAUAUCAGAGACUCCACUGACCUCAUAGACUUCAUGUCCCACAAUGCUACUGCUCUCCCGGGGCAGCCCUCCAAGCCAGAGGUCACGGAUGUCACCAAGAGCAGUAUCUCGUUGUCAUGGGAACUGGGGCCAGAGGGUGGCUCCCCGGUGUCCUCCUAUGUCAUUGAGGCCUUUGGUCAAUCGGUUAGUAAUAGCUGGCAGACAGUGGCAGACCAUGUGAAGACCACGCAGUUCACAGUCAAAGACCUGCGACCCAACACCGUCUACCUGUUCAUCAUCAGAGCAGUCAAUGCUCAGGGGCUUGGAGACCCCAGCCCCAUGUCUGAGCCGGUCCGCACACAGGACAUUAGUCCUACAGUACAAGGUGUGGACCAUCGUCGUGUCCAGAAGGAGCUGGGGGAUGUGAUGGUCAGCAUGCAUAACCCUGUGGUCCUUAGCUCCACCUCUGUGCAGGUCACAUGGACUGUGGAAAAUCCAUCCCAGUUCAUUCAGGGCUACCGUGUUCUGUACAGGCAGACGUCAGGCCUCCCUUCCCCCGGUCCGUGGCAGACACAGGACUUGAAGGUCGCCUCAGAGAGGGACAUAACUCUCUCUGGUCUGAGGAAGGGCAUCGUCUAUGAGAUUAAAGUGCGGCCAUACUUCAACGAGUUCCAGGGUGCAGACAGCGAAUCCAUGACGGCCCGCACCAUGGAAGAAGCACCCAGUGCCCCUCCUCAGCAAGUGACAGUGUUGACAAUAGGGAAUCAUAACAGCACCUCCAUCAGUGUGUCAUGGGACCCUCCCCCCACCGAUCACCAGAACGGCAUUAUCCAGGAGUACAAGAUCUGGUGUUUGGCCAACGAGACUCGAUUUCAUGUCAAUAAAACUGUGGACGCAACCAUCCGUUCAGUGGUAGUCGGGGGGCUGCAGACUGGAGUGCAGUACCGUGUGGAGGUGGCCGCAGGCACCAGCGCAGGGGUGGGGGUGAAGAGCAAACCCCAGCUCAUCAUCUUGGGUGCAGAACUGAGGGAUGUGAUGACGGGGACGGAGGGCAACAAUAGCAUUUCAGAUGUGGUGAAGCAGCCAGCCUUCAUUGCAGGUCUGGGAGGGGCUUGCUGGAUUGUCCUAAUGGGCUUCAGUGCCUGGCUGUAUUGGAGGAGGAAAAAGAGGAAGGGCCUCAGCAACUAUGCAGUUCAGUCCUUCACCUUUACUCGCGCAGUUACAUUCCAAAGAGACAGAGGCCUGAUUAGAAAUGGAAGCCGUCCUGGUUUGCUGAAAGCGGGUGACCCCGGCCUCCCCUGGUUGGCUGACUCCUGGCCCUCCACCAGCCUCCCAGCUAACGGGGGCUUAGGGAGUCCAAAGGGCAACAGUAACUUUGGCCGUGGAGAUGUUUUACCAUCCGCAGCAGUGGAGAAGACUGGUACCAUGCUGUCUGAUGGUGCCAUCUACAGUAGUAUUGACUUCAUGGGGAAGGCAGGCUACAGCAGUCCAGCGCGAGGGAGUCAGCCCACCCCCUAUGCCACCACUCAGAUACUCCAGUCCAACAGCUUCCAUGAGCUCGCUGUGGACAGGCCAGACCCCCGCUGGAAGGCCUCUCUCCAAGCCCAGCAGGAAAUAGCCAACCUGGGCUACUCACUGACCGACAGACGCCCUUGCAGUGGUGGAAAGGCUGGGAAGAAAAAGAAGGUGAAGGGUGGAACAAAGGCCUCUAAAUCAAAUGGGACAUGUUGGGCUAACAUGCCCUUGCCUCCCCCACCCAUGCACCCUCUGCCAGGUACCGAGGUUGACCUUGACCGCUACCCCUCGGAAAACCAUGGAGGAGGAUAUGAUAGCAACAGUUGGGCCCCACCCCUGUCAGUCCAGACGUACCUUCACCAGGAUUUGGACAACGAGGUAGAGGAGGAGCGAGGUCCCACUCCACCUCUGAGGGCAAGAUCCUCCUCCCCGCCAGCAGCUACCUUCAGCCAGCCCUCUUCCUCCUCUCUCAGCUCUGCCCACCAUGAGGAAAUGCAGUCCAUUUUGCAAGCCCAUCUGGAUGAGCUGACCAGAGCCUACCAGUAUGAGGUGGCCAAGCAGGCAUGGCAUAUGAAAGGCAGUCCAAACAUGUCCAACAACCCCAUUCCCCCAAUGGACUUCAUGUCCAGCACACUGGGCUCUGACCUGGGGACCACCCUCCUGUCUGAGGAAGAUGAGGAUGAGGAGGACGAUGAAAGAUACGCUGUGGUGUCAAAGAAUUUGUGUGGCUUUGAAUACACUCCUGGUCACAGCAUGGAUAACCUGGAGGGCUCAGGUAAAACCUACUCUCAGCAGUGCCGUUCAGACAGCUCUGGCUCAAUAGACAAUGGUGUACUGGGUACACAGAGCCUGGGCCACCAGAGGGCGCCACUGCCUAGCCUCAAACCGCAGACAGAGACAGUUGGAACUCUGCCCAGACGAAGAGACACCAACACAGAGGCCCACACACCAGCCUUGAAGUCCCUGCACAGCGUGGGUGCCUGCAUGCACAGCUCGUGGGCAGCUGCAGCCUCAGACCCCUCUGAAGAGUGUAUGGUUACCGUGUCGACACUGGAGCGGCAGCAUAUGGCUUCCUGGAGUGGUACAACAACAUCCAGCAGGGCCACCCUGGGUAGAGGGAGCCACCAGAGACCUGGCACAGAUCCCUCCCACAAUGGGCAUCCACCCACAAACAGCACAGAAAAGAGGGAUCAAUAGUCUUUGUGAGACCUUUCUCCCUGCAGUGGCUGUCUGUCCCAGGACGCCUUGUUUAUAAGCGCAAUGAGAUUUCUCUCUGCCUGCAACACAGAAUGAAGGCUGGUGGAUGGAGAGGAGACAGAAUGAAGACAGAGAAAGAAAGGGCAAGAUAAAAUGCAGAGCUGUAAAUGUCAUGUACAGACACAGACACCAAUCUCACAAUGUUACUUUCAUCCCCCUCUUCAAAAGAAAAAAAAGAAAAAAAAAAAAAACAUAUGUUACAUGUCCGCUUCUAUUUUCUGUCACAUGGUGUACAACUAUUCACACAAUGGAGAUGAAGAAAAAUCACAACAAAAUCUACUGACUCAAGGAAGUGAAAGGACUUGCAUAAUUUGUAAAUAUUUUUUUUUUAAAUAAUGAUUUUCUCUUUCUUUUGCUUUGCUAUGCAAGCCAAACCUGAUGUUGUCUCUUUUAAUUGUGAUUUCUUACUGUGAAUCAUUUUUCAUUAAUGCUCAAAAUGUUAGCUUUUUUUUGAUGAAGCUACUGUAUUGUUGUACUUUGCACAGAGCGUUUUUGGUGAUAAUAAGCACAAAACUCAUCGUCAGCAGAGCUGAGGACGAGAAUCAUAAUGGCAAAGAGGGACAUAGAUGUUAAACAGAACCUAAACAGAAGAAGUAUACUUGGCUGUACUGUAUUGUUUGUUUUUUGUUUUUUUAGAAGUACCCAUAUAUUGAGAGUUAUGAGGGAAAAAUUACAGGUAAUUAAUGACCUAAAGAUAAUAUGCCAAAACAAUAAACACAACAUGUUGCUCUGUGUUUCAUACUUAAGUUACUGGGAGUCCUAUCUAGGAUUGCACUUGUAAAUGCUUUCCGGGAUAUUUUUAUAGUAACAAAGCAACAAAUUAGUUUGUGUUAUCCAAAGCAAGGGCAUAAGAAUUUGACUUGCGCCCAAAGCUCUACUAUUCCUAAAAAAGAAGGCAGUUAAGAGGAAAAAGUGUUCUUUUUGCUAGUUCUUUUCCAUUUAUUAACAAGUAUAACAUUCAAAAAUGGUGACAGUGCAAUAAUCUAUGGACAAUAUAAGACUGAAGGGAAAGGAGAUGGUGGGGAAGAUGUAGAGGAGGUGGAUGGAAACCACAGGCCAUGUUUUGUCUUGGACAGGGGACAAAAACAGAAACAGAAACAUUAAAAUGCCUUGGUGUCCUCUGAAGACAAACGAGGUGCCUGGUUAAAUGAGAAUUAAGUGAUAUUUAAUAUCACAGUGCUAUGAUUUGGUUUUAUAUACCAUCUUAUAAGGAUGUAUAAAACUCAACGACUGGUAAUUGUGUCCCCUGAACGCAGUUAAGGACCUUUCCCAGUUUUAAAAUGCAGCCAGUUAAAAUUUUCUGCCAACGAGAUUUAUGAUGCAGUGUUUUUACACUUGUUUUGAUGGUUCUGUUCUUCUUAAUGUUCUUGAAAUGGCUCUCCCUGUGAAAAAUCUUGCCAGAUUGGUUUGCCCUCAGGAAUACACAGCCACAUACAGUAUGGCCGUUUUUCAACCCUUUGAUGCAAAAUAAAAUGUGUAUGUGAAACUGAA